AUGUCACGGAGAUACGAUUCGCGGACGACUAUCUUCUCGCCCGAGGGCCGCUUGUACCAGGUCGAAUAUGCACUUGAAGCUAUCUCGCACGCAGGAACCGCGUUAGGCAUCUUAGCCAAGGAUGGUAUCGUACUGGCAGCGGAGAGAAAGGUCACCAGCAAGCUGCUGGAGCAGGACACAUCCGCCGAGAAGCUCUACAUCCUGAAUGACAAUAUGAUCACCGCCGUUGCAGGCAUGACGGCCGAUGCCAACAUCCUGAUCAACUUCGCCCGUAACCAAGCCCAGCGCUACCUCCUCACCUACAACGAAGACAUUCCCUGCGAACAGCUCGUGCGCCGGCUAUGCGAUCUGAAGCAGGGCUACACACAGACGGGUGGUCUUCGACCGUUUGGCGUAUCCUUGAUAUAUGCAGGAUGGGAUCCGCAGCGAGAGUUCCAGCUCUACCAGAGCAACCCUAGCGGCAACUACGGAGGCUGGAAGGCAACGAGUGUGGGCGCGAACAACGCCUCCGCGCAGAGUCUCCUCAAGCAGGACUACAAGGAGGAAUGCAACCUCAAGGAGGCGUGCGGGCUUGCCGUGAAGGUGCUCGGCAAGACGAUGGAUUCAACCAAGCUCAGCAGCGAGAAGAUCGAAUUCGCGACGGUGGGCAGGACAGAGUCAGGAAAGAUCUACCAUCACCUUUGGGGAGCGGACGAGAUCGAUGCGCUGCUCAAGGAGCAUGGUCUGGCCAAGCCGGAAGACACUGAGAUGAGUGAAAACUGA